AUGGAGUCAGAAAGUGCAAAUGAUACACUCUGUCCAGGUGAUACAGUUGCUCGAUCGAAGCAAGAAACAGACAUCGAGCAGCAUGUACUCGGGACCAAGGUUAAGCUGUCCGAUGGGACGGAUGCGCUCGUGUUUAGUCGCACGUCUCGCAACAAUGAUCUGCUGUUCAGAUACAGCUGCCACAUCUGCGGUGUGGUUUGCCUGUACGGUGAGCGGAUGCUGCAGAUACAUAUCGCUGGCCGCAAGCAUCAGGCCAGGCUGAACGUGAAUGUGUUCGAUGCGGAACAGUAUCGUGCAUCGCUUGUGAACAAAACGAAGCCGAGUCCUACAUCAACCGAUAACAACACGUCGUCUGCAGCUCCAGCGAGCGUACAGGACAAUGAAUCUUCAUCCUCCUCGGCACCUUUGGCCAGAUUGCAGAACGUGCUGGACGGUUACCGCGAUGGUCCGUUGGUCGGGUUGGAGUACAUCAUCGAGCUAACGGAUCCGGUAACCGGAAGUGAUCCCAUGUACAGUUGCAUUCUGUGCAAUGUGAACGACAGCAACGAAAGUGGCAUUACCACGCACAUGAUCAGUUUGGGCCAUCGGUUCAAAUUUCUCGAAAAGCACUAUCCCACCGUACGGAAAAUAUUGGCACCGUACCGGAACGCCAGCCAGGAAAAUGGUGGCCAAGUGUUUUUCCGUGUCGUUCAAACGGUUUGUGAAGCGAUCGAAGAUCAUCACGGUCGCCUAACGCCGCACGUGUACGAAGCGUCCGAUUUUACUCGUAACCGUGUCAAAUACAGUCAACAGAUUUCGUUCGGUAGCCAUUUUGAUGAGGGAACUGGGCCAAAGUUUGUCGAAGUGAUCGACGCCAAGGUGUUGCAGGAUUUGGCGAAAGCGGACGGUAACGGUGGUGGACAGACACAGGGAGGAGCAUCGAAACGGUACCGUAAACGGGAUGAACGCGAUAGUUUAGAUUCGAUUUCGAGUCUUAGCAGCAAUAACUCGAUGCUAACGAUUUCGUCUAGUGGCGAUAAUGACGAUCGUGGCCGACAACGUCAACGAAGUCCACUGAAUGGUGGCGGUCAGCGACAGCGUGCAGCACCACCACCACAUCAACGUGCUGCUAAUUCAGUUCCACCGGAACGGCAGAUGUUACCGACACCGAGGGAACUGUCCCAGCAGUCGGCAACGAUCGCACACGAACGCUACAAAUGGGAAAAGUAUCGCUGUACGGUGGAUAUAGCGGUGGCUCAGCUAACCAAGCAACUGAAGGAAUACGAAAAGAAUCCGGAAAAGCAUCCACUGUACUCGGAAGAGUGGAAAAAGUUCUGGAACCGACGUUACAAAGAGCUUCAGGCGGAAAAGAAGGAUCCACAAAAGCACAACUUCAAACCGGAGUGGAUCGAAUUUUGGACGAAGCGUAUGAAGGAUCUGCACGACGAGGAUGUGGCCCGCAAGAAGGAUGAGAUACGUACGAAAAUGAACUUGCCGGUCGAGGGUGAAGAACGAACUGAUGAGCUGCGGGAACAGUACGCACUGCGUAUCCCGCCGGCAAAUAAGCGUGCACGAGUCAGCGAUCCUAAGUCAGGUACCGUUGAUGCACCGAUCCUGAUCGACGUGAAUUCUGACGAAGAGGAAGACGAUUACAAAGGUGGUCAACCGUUGAAAAAGGGCAACCGUUCGCCGCGAUCGUCCGGGCGGCGACCGGAUUAUCCCGAGUCAAGAAACCGAUCCACUUCGCGUUCACACCGAUCGCGCAGUCCGAUUAGUGAAGAUGAGUAUGAUGCGUACGUUAGGGGCCGUUCGCACCGUGGUCCACCGAUGGAUUAUCGAGGCGAAUGGUCGGGUGAUUCUAGCAAGCAUCGUGGACCACCACCCGAGCGGAUCGAUUAUGACAAAUGGGCCAAAAAAUAUUACGGCCCCAAUAAGAAUGUGUUCGUGCGGACGGAGUACGAGCCGGAUAAUACACCGCUCAACUUUAUCGCUGUUUGUCGAUUGCUGACCGCGUUCGAGGAGUAUCUGGGAAGUCUUGGACCGAAAGUGAUCGAUCUGAUGGCGAAAGCGCUUGCGCUGGAGAAGGUGAAGGCAAAUUCUGCCGACGAUCUGCUGCUGAACGAGGAUAACUGUGUGUUUUUGGAGACGGUAAAGGAAAAGCUGAAGGGACACAUGAUGGCCGAAACGAUCGACCCACCGAAGAUGGUACCGAUCAAGAAAGCCGUACGGAACAUUGCCCGCUUGCUGCACGAAGCUUCGAAGCGUGAACAGCCGCCAAAACCGGCGGAAGAGGAACUUUCGCGUGAUUCGUUGCCGGUUAGCGAGGUGACGACACCGACGGCAACCGGUGCAUCUGCGGCUAGUGGUACAAUCAACCUUGACAAGGUUGCAGUUGCUGAGCAGCUGGCAAAAAUGCUCGUUGCUCAGGGCAAGUCCGAUUUUACUACGGACGAGCUGGAAGAGUUAAUUAACGUGUACGUUGCGAUGGCUCAAAUGUCCCGAGAGCGAAACACAAUCAUUAAUGCAAAAACGUAUAUGGCAACGCUUCCAACGCCUGUGGCUGACGUUCCAAUAGCGCCAGCGACGAAAGAAAUAACUCCGGCGGCGGUUAUUCCUGUUCUUGGAACAGCAAAGAAAGCACCGGAACGAGUACGUCCGGAAGUUACAAUGGGAUCUAGUGGGGCUGGUGGUGGUGGAGCUGGUGCACGGUGGAAUGAUAAGAAGAAUGAUGUUCCCGCUCGUACCGAUAAGCUUUCUUCAAGCAUGGCGGAAAUGGAAGAUGAAAAUUCUUCCUCAGGAAGUUUGGAAAAUUUAACCGAUUCCGAUCUGCAAACGUUGCUGCAAAGCUUCAAGGACCUUUCUAACGAUGAACAGAUGCAUCUGAUAUCGUAUCUUCGGAAGCUGGAACGUACAGAACCAGAUCGUGUCGAGCGAUUGCGUCGUUAUGUGAAUUUUGACGCAUGGAACGAACCGCCGAUUGGAGAUGGUGGUGGACGAAGUAGUGGAGGUGAUAAUGGAGGUAGACGAGAUGUCCAUAGUCGUCUGUCGGAUAUGGAUGAGCAUAGCUACACUGGACAUGAUGAUGACACCAAAUUCGAUAUGUUCCAAUCGGCUGGGCCUAAGACAGGAGGAGCAGGAAGUAGAAAACCUUCGGGACAGAUGUCACUAUCCAACAGUAAUAAUGGUGGACAACAAAGACCCGUUCAACAUCCUCAACAACAAUUACAGCAACAACUUCUUCGGACGAACGCACAACAGACCCAAAAAAUUCCAGCACAGCAGAAAGGUAGCCACAAUAUGUUCGUAGAUUCGGAAGACGAGGACGAUUACACGUACGACGAUAUUUUGCGGGCAGCGUCCAAGAAUGUAACCAUCCCGCCGCAGCAACAGCACGGCUCAAAAACCCCAGCCGAUGCGUAUGACACCAGCUCGAAUCAUUCUCAUCGUACAAACAAUGAAACGACGACAGGAAGCAGCGGUGGAACAGCUGUUGGUUCGGCCGCCAUUUCCCUGUCCGACACACAGAAUUUGAUUGCCAAUUUGAUGGAAUCGCUGCAAAAAUCCGUGUCCGACUCAAACAGCCAUAAAGCAUCGCCGGCAAGUGCGGGUGCGAACAGUAGCAGCAGCAACUACACCAACCCGAUCACGACGAUCGGAACACUGGGCGGUGACGUUGCCUCCUCCUCCCUACCCGGUAAUGUAACAAAUCCUGCAUCGACCGCUUCCUCGAUGUAUCCGUCCUUUGCUCAGCAACAACAACAGCUGCAAGCAGGACCACGGCCGGGCAUGCCUAUGCAUUUCGUCGGUGGCCAACAGGGACAACCGCCCAUGGGAGGUCAAAUGGGAGGACCGGCGGGACCGAUGCCACCACAAUUUGGCGGUGGCCAGUACAUGUAUCCGGGGCAGAUGUUUGGUGCGAAUGCACCUGGCCAGCAACAAAUGCAACAGUACGGUGGCUAUGGUAAUUAUGGUUACUAUUAA